AUGGCAGAUCCACCGAGGUGCAACUUUGACCCUCCCUGCUCGUCACUACCCGGUCAUGAGAUCAGACAGAAUCCAGCCGGAUGGGGCCUUGAGAACGCUCACUUCAAGAACUGGAUGAGUAAGCAAUUCACUCCACUAGUGCCGAACUUUCAAAAGAAGUGGGGCGUAAUAGAUCGGACCUUGCAGCCUGGGGAUGAGAUAACAGCUUAUGUCGAGAGCUCAUGGGACGCACUAUCAUUCGGUGGCACCAAAUCUCUUAUUCUAUCUACAGCCAACUGGCAGGGUGGUCGUAACAGGAUGCUGGGCACUGGCCUUGUUGUAUGCGGAGCUCUCUAUGUUGCUUGGGGCAUGUACAUACUAAGUCGUGACAAGUCGAAACAUCGACAGAUAGGAGGUAUGCAGUACUUCCAGUUCCACGAGAAGGGCCCUGCAAUGAUAGCCAAACUGCAGGCUGGCGAGGCAGCUGGCUGA